AUGACCGACGGCCUCACCGCUGCCACUUUGGCAAUCUACAUCGUUCUCAUCAUCCCCAGUGCUUUCCUCCUUGUCAAACAUGGCCGUCAAGGCCUCCUCGGAUGGCUCUUCUUUACCAUCUUCUGCACCAUCCGCAUCAUCGGCAGCGGACUUUCUCUGUCCAACUCUUCCGCCGCAAGCAUCAUCUCAAACAUCGGUCUGUCGCCGCUAUUAUUCGCGUCAAGUGGAAUUGUCAAAGAAGC